AGUGCAAAAUUCCAUCAAGAAGCAGGGGAAGCUAUAAGUGGCAGUUCGACAUUAAGCCCUCUCUCUCUCCCUUUCUCUCUCUACCGCAAUCUGCAUUCCCCUUUCCUUAACUUUUAGCUUUCAAUUUUAUUUUCCCCCAAUCUCAAACACUAGUCUUCGUCAAUGAAUUCAGAUUCCCCUAUAUAUACAGCUGCUACUGCUGCUUUCUUUAUUCAUAUCGCGAGCAGAAGCAUUUUCGAUCUGACAUUCCCUAAAUUACCCCCUCCUGCGCCCCUUUUAAAUCAUGCUCACUUCGUUUCAUUUACUCAAUUCAAAUCAACGCCACUGCUCUCUCGUGAUCCUCCUAAUCCCACGAUUCCUGUUCCAUUGAUUCUUUUUUUGGUUUGGAUUGUUGCUCAUUCUUUAAAUUUUUUCGGGGUAUUCUUUUGGAAGGGGAUUCAAUUCAUUGGCGUUGCUCUUUGUCUCUUACUUGUGGUGGGUAAUUGUUCUUGAUUUUGAGUGCUGCGUGAAAUUCUUUGCGGGUUUGAUCCUUAAUUUUUGUGGGUUGUUUGUUUUUUUUUCAAUCAUGAAAAGCAAGGUUUGAAAUUUUUAACCCCUUUUGUUUUGCUGUUUCAUUCGAGGAAACCCCUAAAUUCUUGUUGGGUUUGGGUUUGGGUUUAAGCUGUGAUCUUGGAUUGUGAGAUUGUUGGAAUGAAGAGGAUCAAUGGGAAUGGGGACAAGGAAGAAUUGGAGGUGAAGAAAGUUAAAUUCGUUUGUGAGAAUGAUCAGAAUUUUGUCGACUUAGAUAGAGAUGAAGGCCAGGAAGAGAGAGUUUUAGGUUUAGCUGAGAAUGGAGCUGUCAAUUUCGAACAAGUUGAUAGGAACACGAACCUUUUUGCUAAUGUAGUCCCUGAUGAUCUUGAUGGCUCAAGUUUUGGUGUUGUUGAGGGCUCCAAUAUAUGGGAUUACGACCUAAAUUUUGAUAUGUUUUUUAAGGAAGAAGAGCAAGGUUUAUCUUUAGAUCUCAAUAUCCCACUGUUUAAUCCAUCCCCUAAGAGGAGGAAGAAGGGCCUUUUGGCUUCUGAUCAAUAUCCUGACAGGAGGUUUGAUAAUAACAACAAGGAGGUUGUCGACCUUGUAUCGGACGAUGAUGGAAGUGAGGUGGAAAUCGUAGGGUUUACAAAUGGUUAUAAUCAACAAAUAGAGCCAGGGAUGCUUUCUGAUAGGGUGAAAGAAUUGAGCCUUGAACUGGGACUACCUAGCAUGGAUAAUGGUGUUGGUGAGAGCAGUCAAGUGGCCGGUGGUGAGUAUAGGUAUACUGGUGAAAAAAAGGGGAAGGGUAGUGAUAUGGAUUCGUGGUUAUCACUCAAGUCUAGUUAUUUGGUUGAUUUGGAUCCGGACACUGAUAUUGACGAACCAGUCCAGCUGAUUGAGGUUGAGGAAGAGGUUGAGGAAAACGUUGAGGUUAUACAGUUCCGUGCAGAAUUAUUGGCUGCAAGAUCCGGUUAUCGGAGAGACACUGCUAGAAGACUUGCACGUGUAAACUUUCCGGAUCAGAAUAGUGGAGACCAGUCUUCUAGCCAGAAGCAACAACCACCCGCUCCAAAUCCUAUGGAAUGGUUAGGAAAAUUGCCGGGGCCUUUUGCUGAUGCUCUAAAGAUGGUGAGAGAGAGAUCAUCAAAGCGAGCAGCUGAGCAAUUGAUUGAGUGGAGACCCUUGGUGAAAGAUCAGGAACAAAGCGUUACUGCAGCCUUUGUUCCUUCGCUGCUGAAUCUAUCAUUAAAAGCUCUUGCCGAAUGUGCUGAGGGAAUUGUGUCGCUCGAACAGGUUCCAGAUAGCCUUCGUGUAAGACUGGCUAACAGAUUGUGUGAUAUAGGUAAAAUGAACUCCAGUUUUCUGAACCUUCUGGUGGCAGGAUCUCCAACUGAGAUACGCAUAAAGAAUUGCUCAUGGCUGACUGAAGAGCAAUUUCAGCAGACAAUUGGAAAGUGUCAGACAAAAGAGUUGCAGGUGCUUCAACUUGAUCUAUGUGGCCAAUGCAUGCUUGAUAUUGCAUUCAGUGACAUAUUAAAUAGAUAUAGGAAAAGUUUUUCUAGAUUGACUAUCAUGUCCGUUAGAGGCGCCUGUCGUUUAUCUGACGAUGGGCUCAGAAACCUUGUCGAGUCAGCACCUCUACUGCGGUCUAUCAAUUUGGGUCAGUGCACCCUUCUAACCUCUGAUGCCGUCAACUGUAUAGCAAAUAUUUUGGGAUCAGAAUUGAGGGAAUUAUACAUAGACGAGUGCCAUAAAAUUGACGUAAUGCACAUUGUACCCGCAUUUAAGAAGUUUAGAUAUUUAGAAGUCUUAUCAGUUGCUGAAAUUCAUACCGUCAGCGAUCAGUUUGUCAACGGACUAGUCACUGCUUGCGGUCAAAGUCUGAAGGAGCUCGACUUUGCUAAUUGCCUCCGACUGACUGAUCACUCCCUCAAAACUAUUGGUAAAUGUGCUGAUUUGCGUUCGUUGAACAUUUCAAACCUGAAUAACUUGACAGAUUUGGGGUUGGAGUAUCUUGCCAAUGGCUGUAGAUCAAUUCAAAACCUCAAACUUCGCCACAAUGAAUUCAGUGAUGAAGCUGUGGCGGCAUUUCUAGAAAGCUCUGGAGAGUCAUUGUUGGAACUUUUACUGAAUAAUAUGGCAAAGGUGGGACCCCAUACUGCCUUGUCACUCGCCAAACGUUCAAGAAAGUUGUUGAGUUUGGAUAUAUCAUGGUGUCGCAAAAUUAGUAACGAGGCUCUAGGAUUGAUUGUUGAUAGCUGCUCGUCUCUGAAGCUGCUCAAAAUCUUUGGUUGUAGGCAGAUCACCAAUGGAUUUCUUGAAGGUCACUCGAAUCGGCUUGUGAGGAUUAUCGGGUCGAACUUUACUCCGAUUAUGGAUCAUCUAGAUCUGCUUGAACCUGAGGAAAUGUUCUUGCGGUACUCACCUCUUCCAUCACUUUACACAGAAGAUUGACAUAUAUAUAUAGAAAGAGAGAGAGAGAGAGAGCUGCAGCUGGAGUUAUUGAUGAGAUAUACAUUAAUACAUGUGUUUCUGCAUAUUCUAUUUCUGCAUAUGAAAGCAAAGAUGUUGAUUAUUGAUGAGAUAUAUAUGUGUUUCUGCAUAUUAAUGCAAAGAUGUUUAUUGCAAAA